CUCUACUACUGGAAAGAUUAACAUCCACUAUGAAGUUUGAAGAACUAAAUGAUGCAAAAGAUGGAUUUUCUAUAAACAAUGCAAUUGGGUUUGGAAAGAUGGGAAUAAUGUACAAGGGAACAUUGGCUAACGGUUGGCACCUAGCCAUUAAGAAACUAACUGAUUCUCAACAAUUUGGGAGACAAGUUCUUAUAGAAAUAAGGAUUCUAGGUAAGCUCCGACACAGAAACAUAGUUCCCCUGCUUGGGUUCUGCAUUGAUAACGAUGAAAGGAUUCUGGUGUACCCGUAUUUCUCAAAUGGAAGACUCUCGAAAUGGUUGCACCCUUUGGAAACUGAGGCUAUGAUAUUGACAUGGCCACAGAGGAUUAACAUUGCACUAGGUGUGGCUAGAGCCUUAUCUUGGCUCCAUCAUUUAUGCAAUCUGCAUGUGGUGCACUUGAAUAUUUGUUCACGGAGUAUCUUGCUAGAUAAGAAUUUUGAACCCAAGUUAUCCAAUUUUGGAGAUGCCAAGUUUUUGAACCCCAACAACCAUGAGAGUCUAGGCAUGUCGUUUUAUAUCAAGGAUGGGAAGAAGGAUGUUUAUGAUUUUGGUAAUGUAAUUUUUGAGUUGGUCACGGGAAAAUUAUAUGAGGAAUUGGUGGAGAAUUCAUGUAACAAUGCUAAUCUAUCUCCUAAUCCUUCAAGUUUUUAUAGUGCAAUUGAUAAGUUUAUUAUUGGUGAAGGGUUUGAAAGUGAAGCGUUUAUGCUCAUCAAGAUUGCUUGCGAGUGUGUUCAGCCUUUUCCAGAACAAAGACCAACAAUGGUUCAAGUCUACAACAAAAUGAGCAGUCUAUGGGAAGAGGGACAUGAACUUUGCGGUGAUUCUAACACUUCCACGCGAUCAGAGAGUUUUUCUGCUACUGACCGUGAUGAAUUUGUUGAAUUAUAACCAUAGUUGUCGUAUUGUGU